AUGUUUGGAUCACCGCGAGCAAUCAACAGCGACCAAGGAACCCAUUUCCAAGGUCAAUUCGACAAAGUUCUCCAACGAUUUGAUGUAACUCACCGGGUCUCCACAGCGUACCAUCCUCAAACUAGUGGUCAGGUGGAGGUCACCAACCGUGAGCUCAAAAGGAUAUUGGAGAAAACAGUCAGUCAAUCAAGAAAGGACUGGGCAACAAAGCUCGACACUGCACUAUGGGCUUACCGUACGACAUACAAAACACCAAUCGGCACCUCACCAUAUCGGUUGGUGUAUGGCAAAGCCUGUCACCUCCCCGUCGAGUUGGAACACAAAGCUUACUGGGCGCUCAAAUACCUUAACCUCGACGGAGAUGCUACCAAGGACCAUCUUCAGGCCCAAAUCAAUGAGCUUGACGAAAUGCGCCUACAAACCUAUGAAAACGCCAAGUUAUACAAGGACCGAACGAAACGACUCCACGAUUCCAAGAUAAAGCAUGACAAAAACUUCCACGUUGGAGAUCAAGUCUUGCUAUACAACUCUCGUCUUCGCUUGUUUCCUGGGAAGCUCAAGUCCAGAUUGACCGGUCCUUAUGUGAUCACACAAGUAUUUCCCUACGGCGUAGUUGAAAUUUCGCAUCCCGAAAGGGGAACUUUCAAAGUCAACGGUCAUCGUCUGAAACCAUACCUCGGUGGCAAUUUCGACCCCAAUGCCGAGGCACUUCAUCUUCAAAAACCUUGA